AUGAAUAGUCAUUUAAGUCAAAAUAGAUUCUACCUUAAAAACCUGCGGAGCUCUGGGCUUCCUUUCUCACCAGACGGGGACUGCACAAGAACUGCCUCUGGGAUCUGUGAGAGAAACGGAACAGGCACCCACACCACGCCUAAUGGGAUUGUCUACACAGGAAGCUGGAAAGAUGACAAGAUGAAUGGCUUUGGAAGACUUGAACAUUUUUCGGGAGCUGUGUAUGAAGGACAGUUUAAGGACAACAUGUUUCAUGGACUGGGGACUUACACAUUCCCAACUGGGGCAAAGUACACUGGAAACUUCAAUGAAAAUAGGGUAGAAGGUGAGGGAGAAUACACUGAUAUCCAGGGACUGCAGUGGAGUGGUAACUUCCACUUCACAGCUGCUCCCGGCCUGAAGCUGAAGCUCUACAUGUAGACGAGCUGCGUUAAUGCUCAGAUGUGGCCAUGCAACUCCCCUUGGGCAGAGCGACCGAACCUUGAGCUAAAGUAAGCUGCCUCCUCUGUAAGUCCACUAAUAAAGCUGUCAUGCGCUUACACCUUUUGGAACUUGUA